GAGAGGACACUGUACAUUAAAUUUGUGGUAGUCUCUGAUUGCUAUUAAAAAACUCUACGCCAAUGAAACUCCCCGCCAUCUUUAACAUUCGUUAACGUCAUUCAGCAAAGUCAAAAUUUUCGUAAAGUACCUUCGUUUUUGGAAAUGUUUUGCUUUUUAAAAAUUUAAAAUUCAUGUACAAAAAUGGCAAAGCAAGUUGCCUCAGAGAACCUCUUCCUCAUGGAAUUUCUGGUGGACCACGUAACCCUGGCACCGGCUUGCGAUUGCGUAUCACCAGGAGGAGAAAAGUGCGUGCAAUUCCAGUUCCUGGAUAAUGCCCCGUUGGACGUGUGCGAAGCAGAUUUUAAUCCUCAAAGGAAUUAUGGUUCGAAAUGUCCCAGAGACACAAGUGUAAAAAGCGGCAAAUCCUGCCUGUUUUCUAUGUCUGGUUGUCAGGUGGAGUACUGCAUGGAAAAAUUUGACAUCUACGUAACGAUUUACAAGCGAAUGCAACCAGGAUGGUUGCCCGAAAAAGUCGAAAUCGGGAUGGCCGUCAUCCCCAUCGUUAAACUCUUUUGCGAGUUGAUUUGUAGCUUGACUAGUACUAGAACUGAAGGAACGCAACCUGCUGCUAAAACCAUGAAAAACGAAUACGACAUUGAAAAAAUUACAGGAGACAUCGUUGGAAAAAUUGGCAUAUACAUAAGGCUAUCGUGCUUCGGAAAACUCAUCGUGACCCAAUUCCAAAUGAAUUUGGCUGACAAAUCGGUACUCUUCAAAGACAAGGAAGGAAAAGCUUUGUAUAGAUAUAAAAAAGCACCAAAACCAUGCUGUCCACCAAGAUGUGUUCCAAAGUGCUCUUCGUGUUGUCCAGCAUCUCCUUGUUGCGCGCCACCGACCUGCUGCGGCCCUCCUUCUUGUUGCGCGCCUCCAUCAUGUUGUCCAUCCCCACCGUCUUGUUGUCCGCCAUCGUCCUGUUGUCCGCCACCGUCCUGUUGUCCGCCACCGUCCUGUUGUCCGCCACCGUCCUGUUGUCCGCCACCGUCCUGUUGUCCGCCUCCAUCCUGUUGUCCGCCUCCUUCUUGCUGCCCUCCAUCGUGUCCCCCUGCUUGUCCGCCAGCCUGUCCUCCACCUCCGUUGUGCCCCAGGCCGUGUCCGACCUCGUCAUGUUGCAGCUCUGAUAGUGGAUGUUGUCCGAAACCGUGUUGUCCACCAUCAUGUCCACCACCGUCCUGCUGCCCGCCAUCAUGUCCACCUCCGUCCUGCUGUCCACCAUCUUGUCCACCACCAUCCUGCUGUCCACCUUCCUGCCCUCCACCAUCUUGCUGUCCACCAGCAUGUCCUCCACCAUCCUGUCCCUCGUGCUGUGCUCCACCGCCAUGUCCACCUCCUUGCCCUAAGUGCGGUUGUCCUCCACCACCAUGUCCCCCACCAUCGUGCCCCAAGUGCUGUUCCCCUUGUCCUCCUUCGCCAUGCCCGCCACCAUGUCCCCCACCCGGAUGUUCGAAAUGUUGCCCUUAUUCACCACCGUGUCCACCACCAGGUUGCCCUACGCCGUGCAAAGAUUGCGGCGGACUGUCGUACCCGCUGUGUUCGCCGCCUCCCAAAUGCCCGCCGAAUCCGAAAUGCCCGCCGCCUUGCGGACCGAAACCGAGUUGUUGCCCGCCGAAAUGCCCGUCGCCGUGCCCGCCGCAACCAUCUUGCUGUCCGCCACCUUCUUGCUGCCCACCACCUUCUUGCUGUCCGCCGCCUUCUUGCUGUCCGCCAGCGGGUUGUUGCAAACCAUCUUCCUGCUGCCCGCUGCCAUCUUGCUGCCCGAAACCCCCGUGUAAUCCUUGCAAUCCUUGUAAUCCGUGCGCCGAAUGUUCUCCUUGUUGUCCUGGCAAAGCGCCUGACGGAAAUUAUGAAGAGAUUGGAGCGUCUAUGGGUGGAAAUUCUCUCACUAUCCGGGUGCAUAGAAGAAACAAAAUCGAAUCGGUCGAUGGCAAUGGUCCCGGCGACGGAGGAAGCUGCACUUGCAUAAUGGGACAACCCGGGAAGAAGAAAUAAAGCUGGUAUUAAUUAGUGUGUCCGAAAUGUGUUAAUUCAAUUUGAAAUUUUGCUGGUAAAAUGCAACCUUUUUCCAUUGGUGUGUUAGUGAACUGUUAGCUUUUCUUAAUCAUUGGAUGUCUCAUUUGUAUCUACUUGUAACAUUUGUAUCGUUUAUUUUAUCAUAUUGGUCGCAAUCAUAUAAUCACUCAUUACGAACUUGUUUUAUGGUUUAAAUGCCAAUUAUUAUUCCAAAAUACACAUGAAUGCUGUUUAUACUUGUAGUCAUUCUAGUUUAAACCAUUUCAUUUAUGAUUCGUCUGAUAAUCGGUUGAACUGUCAUUAGAAAAGCUCAUCAUCGUAUAAAGUCACAUAUUUGUUUGUCACUUGUCUCAUUUAAAUCUAGUUCAUUACUUAUCCCCAGACAUAUCGUCACUUGUUCCCCUUUACACAUCACUUUGACGGGACAGGUACAGACAGCAACCAGUCUAAUUUUGAGCAUUUAAAUAAGUUUCUAUUUAGUUUUAUCAACUCAAUAAAACAACAAAUCGAUAAUUUUAAAUUAUAGGCACAAACAGAACCAAAAUAAAGCUAUUUUUGAUAAUUAUAAGGGUUUGUAAAUUAUGUUAACAACUAAAAUAUUUGAUUUAUUGUUAUAUGGACCAUCGAUUUAUUCCCCUUGAUACGUCACUUAUUCCCAUCAUACAUCCUCUUGUUGCCCUUAUGCAUCGACUUGUUCCCCUUAUACAUCCACUUGUUCCUCUUAUAAAUCCACUUGUUCCCCUUCUUACGUCACUUGUUCCCCUUCUUACGUAACUUGUUCCCCUUCUUACGUAACUUGUUCCCCUUCUUACGUCACUUGUUCCCCCUUCUUACGUCACUUGUUCCCCCUUCUUACGUCACUUGUUCCCCCUUCUUACGUCACUUGUUCCCCCUUAUUACGUCACUUGUUCCCCUUUAUACGUCAUUUGUUUCCAUUCUUACGUCACUUGUCACGCGUCAUUUGUCCCUCAUUGUACGCGUCACAUGCCCAAAUAAAAAUGAGAAUAGCAGUUCACAAAACCACCACUGGGUAUUGAAUGUUAGAUAGGUAACAUUUAAUAGAUUUCUAAUAAGAAAUAUGAAAUAUCAAUUUUUCAGCAUUUCCAGUUAAUCAUUUUUAGAUAAAUUUUUCCUAUUAAAAAAUACUUUUGAAAGAAUGAAAGCCAACAAAAUUUAUAUAAAGUCAGGAUAAAGAUAUUAAAAAUCUACCUUUAGGGUCAACUUCUUUAAUGUAUUAGUUUUUUAAAUAUUAUGUUUUAUUGUGUACGGAAUGAAAUGUAUUUAAUAAGUAAAAAGUGGAUUGUUAUAUUUGAUAGUAGUGAUGUCGUUUGUAUACGAAAAAUGCCUGAUUUUGCUUAAAUAUUUACAUCACGAGGUAUACUUUUGAUCAUUAUUGUAUAUGAAUUGUUAUUGUAUUGUAACGUAACUCAUCUUUGGAAUAAUAAUAAACGAGAAUUUCUUCAA